AACGCCCUGUUGGCCCAACUGGCAGCCCGUCAUGCUGUCGGACUGAGCGCUACGUCAGCAGUGAGACAGCAACAUGGCGGUGUCCAACGCUCUAGUGCUCUUAUUAAGUUUCCUCACAGCUGUAAUAUUUCACCGCUGUCUCGCCGACGUCGCGGCGGGAGGCUCGGCCGCGGAGGAGCCUCCUCACCGCCGCUUUGAGUACAAGUACAGCUUCAAGGGACCGCACCUGUCUCAGUCCGACGGCAGUAUCCCGUUUUGGAUCCACAGUGGAAAUGCUAUUCCAAGUGCAGACCAGGUGCGCAUCACGCCUUCCCUCAGGAGUCAGAGGGGCUCCGUGUGGACGAAAAACAAAGUCAGCUUUGAGCACUGGGAGGCAGAGGUGACCUUCAGAGUAUCGGGAAGAGGCCGGAUGGGAGCGGACGGCUUGGCAGUGUGGUUCACCAGCGAACAAGGCCUCGAUGGCCCCGUGUACGGGGCCGCUGACAGGUGGAACGGACUUGGAGUUUUCUUUGACUCCUUUGACAACGAUGGAAAGAAAAAUAACCCGGCCAUUCUGGUCGUCGGGAACAAUGGCAACCUUGUUUAUGACCACCAAAACGACGGCACCACGCAGGCCCUCGGAACGUGUUUAAGAGAUUUCCGGAACAAGCCGUAUCCGAUCAGAGCCAAAAUAACGUACUACAGGAAGACACUGACGAUUCUGAUCAACAAUGGAUUCACUCCAGACAAAGAGGACUAUGAGUUUUGCACAAAGGUGGAAAACAUGAUCAUUCCAGCUGAUGGCUUCUUUGGCAUUUCAGCCGCCACUGGUGGUUUAGCAGACGACCACGAUGUUUUGUCGUUCUUAUUAUUCAGGCUCACAGAGCCAGGCCAACAACCGCCCUCAGUUGAUUCUGAGAUCCCUAAAGAAGAGAAAGACAAGUACCAGGAGGAAUUUCAGAACUUCCAGCAAGAGCUGGAUAAAAAGAAAGAGGAGUUUCAGAAGGAGCACCCAAAUGUUCAAGGAGAGCCAAUCGACGACUUGUACGAAAGUGUGAACGAUCGCGAGAUCCGUCAGGUUUUCGAGGGCCAGAACCAGAUCCAUCUGGAAAUCAAGCAGCUCAAUCGGCAGCUCGCCAUGAUACUGGAUGAGCAGCGUCGCUACGUUUCGGUCAUCACAGAAGAGAUUUCCAAGAAGGGGACGAGUGUCGGGUCAGGACAGACCGAUUCUGCGACUCAGCAGCUGAGCUCUGUUGUAUCUACGCAGCAGGAGCUUCUCAGGAACCUCAACGAGCUUAGAAACUCCUUUCACGAGUCUCUGAAGCAGAUCGGCUCAGUCCAGCACCAGGGUAACGCAGGCGGCGCGGGGGCGUACGAGACCAUUCAGCACUUCAACGACAUCAAGGAGAAUCUACACAUGGUGAAAAGAGACGUGGAGCACCUGGUGCAACGCAACAUUCAGAAUCCAGCUGAUAAGGCCGUAAAGUGCCCCGAGAUCCCUCCCUUACCUUCCUGUUUAUCGACUGUUCAUUUCACAAUAUUUGUUGUCAUCCAGACGGUUUUAUUCUUCUGCUACAUCAUGUACAAAAGUCAGCAGGAAGCAGCAGCUAAGAAGUUCUUUUGAUGACGUUGGUUUCUACAGCAGCCGUGCGCAUGAGGGAAUGUCUGUUUUUUGGUUUUUUGGUUCAAUCAUUAUCAGAUUGUAAGUUAUUGUACUUGAAAACUGCUUUUUGUCGAAUAAGACUUUUUUUUAAUUAUUAGAAUUUUUUUUAAAUUUAGUCAGACAGUCGUGUGUGAAUGACAGCGUGAGACUUUUCAGCAUGAUGUGACAUGUUCCUUUACAGUAUUUCUGUUCAAUCAGAGCCUUAGAUUUUGUUUUCUGAAAUCUGGGAUCUGCCUCAGUCCCAUUCCGUGAAAUUGAACCAACGGGAAAAAAAGAAAACCUGUGUCUAAAAAAAAAAAAUGUACAAUGUGUGUAUUUUUGUAUAAAAUGCUCCAGAUUUCCGAUGACGUAUACAUCAAGGAUCCCCUUCAGUUUCUCUCUUCUGGUUGAGUUUAAAAAAAAAAAUAAGCUGUCAGAAUCUGACAUCAUCCAACUGAAUCAUUUACAUAAACGGUAAACUACAA